UGGCGAAUAAAAGCCCGAGCUUUCUGUCGUGCGAAAGACGACUCGAAGCCGUACCUAGAAGAAGUUGUAAUUUCGUGAGUACUUCAAACGCCGCCGCGCCGUGAAGAGGGUCGUUACUUGACGCGAUGACCUGAUCGAUAAACGCGGAAAUGAACGAAAAAGGGCAUUUACAUCGCCUUUACCUUUCUUAUUUCUCUUAUGGUUCUAGAUGUGCUACCGUUGGCGAAAUAAAAAUCACCUCGUGCGAAUCGGUCAACUUUUUCGCGGUGGAAAUGUCGAUGUUGAGGUCAGUUUUUGACACGAGCUAGGAGAGGGCUCGUGGUUCGGAUUUCGCUGGAAUUUUUUGAAGUUUUUGGUUGGAAGGAAUUUUACGAUGAGAAGGUUUGAAAUUUGAAGGAUGUUUAUGGUGUAUAAUUGUACGAAGAAGUCGAGUGGUUGGAUUCGAAUUGUCAUAUACGAAGUUUUCUUCGAAUUGUUGUUAUUUGUACGUUUAAGUGAACGAACUUCGAAGUACAUAUCGUAGUCGUAAAAUUCUUUGUUUGACUUGAGAUAAUUUUUUCGACGAUAAUUUGACGUAUUUAUGAAACGAUAAAUAAUUUUUCACUCGAGUUGAUUUUUUUGGGCCUUGAAAUAGGUAAUCAGAAUUGGAAAAAUCGUGGAAAAAAUAUUUUCAGAAUUCAUGACGAAUAAAAUCAUUCUUCGAACAAAUUAUUAAAAACUUGGGUCCUGAAAAAUUCUCUUUCUAGUGAUAAGAAAAAUUUCACCUAUGAAUCAAAUCGAACCAAUCUAUGAAUGGACGGUUGACUGAUUUCAUUUCACGAAAUCAACGAAAUAAAAUCCACUUCCACUGCAAUGUAAUUGACCAAUGCUCCGAAUUUAAUCUAAAAUUUGAUUCGAUUUUUCCCAGAAUAAUGAAUUAUCUCAAGCAACGAACACAAUUACAUAUUAUCAGCUAAUUAAUCAUUCGGAUAAAUACAUAUCUUGUAUAUGUACUUUAAAAUCUCUUCGAAUUAGCUCAACUGAUAAUCUCUAGUACCUUCUACGUCACUAUUUUCAGUUGUCAAAAGUCGAAAGAAAACUUCCUCACUUCGUCUUUUUUUCCCAUCAUGUCGAUGACUGAAAAAUCGAAAACACCUCGUGGCUCGUUCACAACUCAGCCAACGCCUCUGCCUCUGUCUGCGGGUAUUUUCUAUUUUCCACCACAGAAGGCAAGGCACCUGUAGAGCCAAAGCUGCCAGUAAAUAAGUGAAAUAAUUCCGCAUCGUGUAUUUUGCCCGUUCGUUCUCGUUUGUAAACUGUUGCACGUUAUGUUUUUAUUCGACGAUGACGACGACGACGAUGGUAGAAGCUCGAUCCUGGUUUGAGGAGGGGUCCGGGAGCCAAUGUCCAAGAUACCAGCGGAUAUUCGGCUCUGCAUCAUGCAGCUCUCAACGGGCACAAAAAAAUAGUAGAAUUAUUACUGACGAACGAAGCAUCGGCGAAUAUUGUAGACGUUAAAGGAUCAUCCCCGUUACAUUUGGCAGCUUGGAGCGGUAAUGUGGAUAUCGUACGAAUGCUAUUAUGCCACGGACCUUCGAUUCCUAAUGUUAAUUUAAUGACCAAAGAUAAUGAAACGGCGUUACAUUGCGCGGCUCAGUAUGGGCAUACCGAAGUGGUAUGCUUGUUAUUGGAACAUUCCUGUGAUCCCACCAUUAAAAAUAAUAAGUACGAAACAGCUCUUGAUCUCGCAGCCCAAUACGGCAGGUUAGAAACUGUCGAUUUACUAGUCAGAACACACCCGGAAUUAAUUCAACCAUAUAAUGGUCCUUCCAGUGUGAAUUCCAUAUUUCCCCACACUCCGUUACAUCUCGCCAGUCGAAACGGACACAAAGCUGUUGUCGAAGUGUUACUCGAAGGAGGUAUGAACGUCAACGUUCGGACUGGUUCCGGAACGGCGCUUCACGAGGCUGCAUUAUGCGGCAAAACCGAGGUUGUGCGUACAUUAUUAGAGAACGGGAUAGAUUUAAAUAUUAGAGAUGCCCAGAAUAAUACGGUCAUCGAAGUAUUAAAACAAUUUCCGUGCCAUGUGGUACAUGAUAUUUACUCCUUAAUCAAAAAAUACCGAGCAAUGUAUAACGAACGAGAUGAUCUCUUUCCAACGUCUUUACUAGGCAGUCCUUUCGAUAAUUUAGAUUCAGCUUCACCAAGCAGUGUCUCUUCGAUGUAUUACGACUCGUAUGAAAGGAGAUUGUCUAGUUCGUGUUCGAUUUCAACUGCAUCGGAUAUACUGCAUAAUCGCUACAGCUCGUAUAAUCAACCAGGCUUGUCGAAGUCACUAAUGGACACGAAUUAUCUGCAAGAUGAUCUAUCGUGUUCGCGAUCUCGCGACUUCGACUCAGUCAGCGUUUGCUCAACAGCCUCUAGUAGUUGCAGUCGCGAUAGAAGGUCUCCGUACAAUAUGCACGGAACUAGUGGUCAGUUACCUAGUCCUGGAUCUUUAAGUAAUAAGAUUUCGCCUACCCCACCAAAGAAACCUCCUAGAAGGAAUUUAUCCAUAUCGCCUACCCACGCGACGUCCGGUAUGUUAUUGUCUUCCGAUCAAAAUGGUUACGAUUCGUGCGACUACGCUUACAUCAGGAAUAGCUCGCAAGAUCAACUAGAAUACAGCGAUGGACAGAUGACGAAUGGAAAUCGUAAAACUCGCGAUGGCGUCCUCAGACGCGGCAAGUCCGCCGAACACUACGGUGACAACAAGUUCCGGCACAGCGUCAUGAUCGACGUGAAUGAAAAACCCAACGUCAUGGUUCGAGGCAAAAGUGAAGAUCUGCAACUGCUCGAUCCGAAAUUCCAACCUAUAGCCAUCACAUCGGUCCAUGGCAAUAUACCCUAUCGUACGACGAAUCCUCGACGUAAACUACGCAGACAUACCAACGACAAACUCUCGGACGGUUACGAUCCAUCGGUAAUCCUAUCUCGAGGAGAUUUGCCAUUUCGCAAAGUCAACGAACCGAACCGAUCUCCUAUUACUAUCGAAAGAAUCAUUGUCGCGUCAGCCGAUAGGACCAAUUCGAAUACGAUGAAAUCGUCUCAAGAGAGUUUACUCAACGAUCAUGGGAACGUGAGGAGGCAGCCUUUACGUAAUUGUCCUCUGAGCCCGACGCAUUACCAGCAACCUCCGACACCCGAUCAUCCUCCUCCUUCUGCUGUUCAGGCUGAGAAACGGAUACAUGAUCGGAUCCGGCCUUUGAGUCAGGAGUACAGUAAUUUGAAACGUAAAUCGAGGGAUAUCGAAACGGAAACCGAAGAGGAGUUGUUACUUUUGGUCUUUCCGGGUACUGCUUACGACGCCACGUCCAACGGAUCGCUGUCCAGUAGUGUUUCAUUGAGCGAUAAAAGCGUCUCGACCGAUAAUAAUACCGUCGAAGAAUACGUCGGUGAUGUACCAUUUGCAGUUUGGAACCUCCCUCUCAGGGGCUAUUUUGGGUUUUGGGAUCAAAUGGUGAUCAAAAAUGAAAUCAUUGCCCUCAAAAACCCGUGUAACAGAAGUUUUGACUUUUUAUGUGCAAAACUCCAGGUUUAUCCAAUCACAUUUUCCAUCCGGACCACUGUGCUGGACUCGUUUAAAAAGAGACUAUUCAAAGGGUCCAUUACACCGGAGGUGGAAACAUCCGCUAAUUAUAAUAAACUCGUUAGGCCGACAACGCUUAGACAAUUGAAAAACAUCUACAAUCCGGAUGAAUACGCAGAGAACGGAUGCAGAGAUGGUAAAUCGGCUGACUACACCGUGAGCGUAUCUCCAACCAACAACCGCGGAGUUACGAAUAAUUCUGCAUCGACCAAUGGAACCGAUAAAAAUGUAUCUAUGUCUAUUCUAAGUCCAUUCGACGAACAAGAAGAAUGGGCUAAGAUAUCCGAAAUCAUGGCAUCGUUUGGAAAAACUUUCAAUCACGAGUCUAUCGUCACCGAAUUAGAGCAGGAAUUCGAAACGAGAUUGGGUAUUAACAGAGCGGAAUCACAGCAAAAUCACAUAGAGACAUCUCCCGUCGUGCACACCUCAGUUAGUCAAUGGUUAACGUGGUUAGGAUUACCAGAAUACGAAAACGCUUUCAUUAAUUUCGGAUACGACGAUAUAAAUUUCAUCAACGGCGUUAUCAAUGACUGCGAUCUAAAAGAGAUCGGCGUGAUGAACGAGAACGAUCGUGAAAACGUUCUAAAACAAAUUUACAGUUUACCUAACCGAGUCGGCGAUUUUUGGAUGUCGACUAAAAGCGCAGUCACUGGUGAUGUUACUAAGGAUCUAGUCAAAGAAUGGUUGGACAGCAUAGGAUUAGCGUGUUAUUUGGAAACGUUUCGUAAAAAUUUAUUCACCGAAAUGGAUAGAAUAAAACGGAUAUGGGAGGUCGAGUUGACGGCCGUUUUAGAAAUUACCAAACCCGGCCAUCGACGCAGAAUGCUGGCUUCCGUUAACGUCGGUAAAUUGCAGUGCGCCCAAUCAAUUAAUGACCCAUCCUUAUCGAGUAAUUUAGACGAUCUGCACGCCGACCUAGACCAGUUGAAAAACAAUAUUCAAGAACUAGAAGACGAAAUCAGAACGAAAAGCACUCCAUCGUCUACGACGACGACGAAUACCGGAAAUACAACGUCAGCAACAACAGUUCCCAGCGAAAGUGGAACUUUGCGACAUAGGAAAAAAUCACGACCUGCUCCGCCUCCACCUCCUUUGGCUGAACCAGAUGUAGAAAUCAGAAAUCCUUCGGAGUUACUGGUUGGUGUACCGGCUACAUUGAAGACUCAGUGGCCCCAUAAGCCCAAAGCUCUCGUCACCGGUACCGUUGAUUACGUGGCUUUGUAUUUAGGCUCGACUGUUGUGAAAGAACUCCGAGGCACGGAAUCUACCAAAAAAUCGAUACAAAAGCUGAAAAAAUCCACAUCAAUAGUCGACUGUCGAGUUACCUACGACAUCAUAUUGGCGAUUUCGUAUAGAGGCGUGAAAUUCCUAAAUGUUUCCGAUCAUUCGUUGAUUUGCGAACAUGAAAUUCGUAACAUUCAUUGCGCCUGCCAGGAUUCCGAAGAUCUGACGCAUUUUGCGUAUAUUACCAAAGAUCGCGCUAGCAAGACGCAUUAUUGUCACGUAUUUUGCGUUCAGACUAUGGAUCAAGCUUUCGAAGUGAUUUUAACCUUAGGCGAAGCAUUCGAAGUAGCCUAUCAAAUGGCGCUAAAAGAACAUUUCGGCGGUAACUCUCGUUCCGCCUCGAAUCACACUAGAUCUCAUUCUGUGAAUACCAUUAACUACCCAAACGCCGAAUCUCAAUCGAGUCAUUCGCGAUCCCAUUCCAUAAACGAUAUCCUAGAUGGGGGCAGCAGCAGCGGUGGCGGACCAUCGACCGGUAUAACCACGAAAAAUGUCCACGCCAGAUCGCAUUCUGUUACCGAUAUCAAAAUCCUGAAUGGUAACGGCCUUUCCAAAGGGUUAUCGCUGGCUUCACCUACCAAAGCUCCUAUCGCCGUGACCGAAGAUAUUUAGAAAAAAAAUCACCUGCGAGUUCAUUUUACCAAAACACAACAACAAUCUCGGCUUAGCGACGUUAUUAAUUUUUUUCGACUUUGAUUUUUGUUAGGUUUACGUUUCUUUAUUUUUAUUAUUUUUCGUAAAUGUUCCUCUUUGAAAUUUUAUUAUUAUUAUUUUUUAACCUAUUUUUCCUUUAUUUUUCUUUCAUUUUUGUUUUAUUUUUUUUUAAUUUUGUGAAUUUCUAGUAAAACGAUAUAUUUUUUAUAACGUAGAGUUUCGAAUAUUUAUACAUAGUUGAAUGAAUGGAGGCGUUUGCAACAAUGACCUAAUUUUUAUUCUGUUUGUAUUGCCAGAAGUCAUCAGAUUGCGCACAUGAGUUGAUUUUUUCCCCAAUGUGUGCCAGAUUAAUUGAAAUUUAGUAUCGUAUUUUAUGCAGGCCUACGAGUCGUCGAUAUUAUAUCGAUUUUUAAAUUACGUAGAAUCAUAAAUGGCAUUUUCGAAGCUACUUUUUCUUUCUUAAUCGCUUUUUAUACGAAUUUUCUGUAUUUUUAUUUAUUUGUUUUUCUAAUCAUCCGUAGCCCAUAAUCUUUUAAAAAUCUUCCAGCUUGCUCAUUCUUUAUUUUUGUAUCUACAUGUAUGAUUUUACAAAUUAUUUUUUUGUGUAACGACUGAACACCAUUUUUAUGUUUUGAAAACGCGCAACAAAUUUUUAUUUUAUUUUUCAAAUUUUUAACUCAUGAUUUUGCGAUUAUUCGCCAUAUUUUUACAUUUUUAUACUUUUAUACGUUAAUAGCAUUGCUCAAAGUUUAUAAGUAAAGGGAAAAAAAGCUACUGUCCAUUUCACUGGUACAAUCGCAUUUUUACACCGGCUAAAGAACGGUGAAAUUUUUCAUUUUGAGUUUAAUCCUAGUAACAACGCUACACUUUCAUUAUGUUUAAAGCGAACUUCCAUUUUAGUAAUGGAUUUUUUUUAGUUUAAUGCCUGCAUUUACUACUACCUACUAUACGGAUACACGAAAGCAAUACGUAGUUUUUAAACGAGGUAUCUCCUGUAUGCAUAACUGAAGUUGAAAGAAAACAGCUCUUUUUAUAUGGUUGCCUACUCAUUCGAAUACAGGCGCGAUGAAUACGUAUACGAAAUAUCAUAGCAAUGCCUUUUUUACUGUACUCGGAACAUUUUUACGGACCAAUAAUUACGUUAUAGUAUGUUUUUAAAGACUGCAAUAUUUUCAGGUAUUGGGCUGUAUAAAUUACUGAUAGUUUUAUUUACAGAGGUGAAAUAUUUUUCGUAUUUUUUUCUCCCCCAGCUUGUUUAAAGUUUUAAUUUUCAACUAAAAAUCGAGUUAAUUAAAAUGGAAUUGGUUAUUACGAAGAAAACAGGAGUUACUCGUGUUUAAAAAGAAAUGGGCAAGAUGACAAGUUUGAAAUAUGAUUUUACUUGGCUGGAGAAGCACUGAUGGUCCAAUUUUAAGUUAUCGAUAUUUUUGCAUAUUUAAGAGGAUGUUCACGUUACUUUUGAUGAUGGUGUUUAUGGAGUCAUUCCAAAUCAAUUCGUCGGGUUGGGAAGGGGGUGGUUCGGUUUUGCUUUUUUCCCCUUUCAUCAUCCAUUCAUUUCACAACUAUAUAAAAAAAAAGAAAAAUAAAAAAAAAUGGUUUGCCCAAGUCUCCUUUGAGGGGAGUCUCUCAAAAUCAGGUUAAAAUUCAAAGUCCCUAAAUUUGGUUAAAAUUGAAACCCCCCCCCGCUCUAUGCCUUCAAAGAUGGUGAAGAUACUGAAUAAAGAUUGCGAAUGACGUGCAAUCUGUCCUGUUUUUUGGGGGGGGGAGGGAGGUAAGUGUGGUUAGUUCAAACUUAAAUUUGUUCUGUACACUUUCACCUCCCUUCCCCCACCAUUUUGAAAAAAUGUCACUUAUUUGAGGUCCUUCUUAAUGGGGGUUUAACCCCUUGGUGUGUUUUCAGCUGCUAAUUUUUAAAAAAAAAAGAGUGUUGAGGUGCUCGAAAAGGCCAAUGUACUUACAAAAAAUGAGUGAAAAUUUGAACUAAACAUGUUCUUAGAAACGUAUGGUCCACAGUUCAACGGACGGAAAUUGUUCAGUUCGCUGGCAUUUUGGUGGCUCAAAAAAUUCAGUUGGCUUUUCGUGAAGGGUGCAGUCGAAUUUUCAAGGCCACGACCCCCUCCAAUUUCGAGUUAUAGUGAACAAUUGUGAAAAUAUUCAAAAGUGACUUUGCAAUCUAUAAAAGUGGGGUAAAAUUUCGCGAGAAAUUCAAAUAUUUUGAUAAAUCUGAUUUUUAAGCAUUAAUUUUGAGCUCGAAAUUGAGUCUGAAUUUUUGGGAUUUUUGAAGAAAUGUCAUGUGACUUCAAAAUAGAUACACAUUUUGGCAAAAAUGUUUUUAAAAGUAUUUUUGAAAAAAUACCUCCAAAAAUUUUUCAACCAAGUGCUUUUGAAAAAUUUUGAGGAAUUUUGGGGCCAAAAUUCGAUAACGAUUUUCAAAAGAAUUUUAUGCUCAAAAUUGGAUUAUGAUUUUCAAUCUCUUCAAAAAAAAGUCGUAUGUGACCUUAGAAUUAUGGGUUAAAAUUUUGUGAGAAAUUCAAAUAUUUCCCCAAAAAUAUUUUUUGAGCAUUUCUGAAGAAUUUUGAGGUCAAAAUUAGAUCAUAAGAUUCUUCGGAAUUUUUGAAAAAGUACCAUGUGACCUAUCAAAAUGGGUUAAAAUUUUGUGAGAAAUUCAAAUAUUUCACCAAAAAUAUUUUUUGAGCAUUUCUGAAGAAUUUUGAGGUCAAAAUUAGAUCAUAAUAUUCUCCGGAAUUUUUGAAAAGGUACCAUGUGACCUAUCAAAAUGGGUUAAAAUUUUGUGAGAAAUCCAAAUAUUUCACCAAAAAUAUUUUUUGAGCAUUUCUGAAGAAUUUUGAGGUCGAAAUUAAAUCAUAAUGUUCUUCGGAAUUUUUGAUAAAGUACCAUGUGACCUAUCAAAAUGGGUUAAAAUUUUGUUAGAAAUCCAAAUAUUUCACCAAAAAUAUUUUUUGAGCAUUUCUGAAGAAUUAUGAGGUCGAAAUUAGAUCAUAAUUUUCGGUGUUUCUGAAAAAAAGGUCAUGUGACCUAUCGAAAUAGAUUGAAAUUUCGCGAAUAAUUCAAAUAUUCCAACGAAAAUAUUUGUUGAACAUUUUAAAAGAAUUUCGUCUCGAAUAUUAAAAAAAGUGCCAUACGUUCCAUCAAAAUAGGUUAAGUAAGUACAUUUAAAAUUUUGCAAGAAAAUCAAAUUUUUUUCAACAAAAAUGAUUUUGAGCAAUGUUGUACAAUUCUGAGUCACAAUUAUUAGGUCAUGGUUUUUGAAAUGCGUAUUUGAAAAAAAGUCAUGCAACCUAUCGAAAGGGUAAGAUCUAAAAUUUUUCAAGAAAUUCAAAAAUUCGAAAAAAAAUUUUUUUGAACAAUUUUGUACAUUUUUCAGUCAGAGUUGUGCGAAAAUUUUUGAAAUAUUUCAGAAAAGGUGUCAUGGGACCUAUCUGAAUGGGUUAAAAUUUCGCGAUAAAAUCAAAAAUUUACAUCUCAACUUUUUUUGAGCAUUUUAGAAGAAUUUUGGGCUUAAAAUGGACCAUGAUUUUCAAGAGUUUGAAAACAAUUGUCAUGUAAAUUAUCUUUUGAAAAAUUUUGAGACUGAAAUUGAGUGAAUUUUCGGGAUAGUUAAGUAGGUAUGUGAGUUUUUUAAAAUAGGUAGCCCAAGCCUUUAAAUUCCGAAAAGCUUUAAAAAAAUUUGAUGAAAAUUUUUUCUCAAAAAUUUUUUACUCAUUUUGUUAGGUCAAGUACAUGGCCUUUUUUUCAAAAAUCCUGAAAACACGAUUCUAUUUUGCUUCAAUAUUCUUCAAAAAUGCCUUAAAAAUAUUUUUCGUCGCAAUAUUAUUUGAAUUUCUCGCAUUUCAGCCAAAUUCAAAAAGUCUUAUGUCAUGACAUUUCUUUUAAAGCCCUUUUUGUCAGUUGAACUGUAGACUAGUACUUCUUCAGAGUGUAGGGGCGAGAGAAAAAUAAAGGGGAGGGGGUAAGAAAAUUUCAAAUUCAUCGAAUACAAUUUUUGUCCAGGUUGCUCUCUUGAUAAUUUUACUGCUCCGCCUCCCUCUAAUUUCAUUUCCCUCAUUUUCUUUUUUGGAAGUGGAAGGAUUUUCAGAUUUUAGUGGUGAUGGGAAAAUUUGCUACGUUUAAAAAAUCCAAGAUUUCAUGCUUGACAUUUUUCACUGAAAACAAUAAAAAAUUCACGAUCAACUAAAUUCAAACUCUGAAUAUCUUUUGGAGGAAAUGUCUUUUUAAUUUAUUCAUCUGUAUCCAAGUAAAAUUAUUGGAACAAAUCAGUGUUGCCAGCAAAGCGACGUGAAGAAAUAAAAUCAUGUUUAAAUUUUGCAUUUAAAUACCUAUUUGUACUUGAAGCAGUCUGCCAAUUAAUUUCUUAACGACUGAAAAUAGCAAAAUGAAUAGUUCUAAGUUUAAAAUUUCACUUUGUUCAUUUACGUCGUGUUUUUUUUCGUUUCAAUUUUUUUAAUUUUUUGUUUCCUUUAUUUCGUUUUCAAUUCAUCUACAAUCUACAUAAAUACGUAAAAAAAUGUGUUUUGUAAAAUCGCUCUAAAGUCAAAAGAUCACCAUUACUGAUUUCGAACUGCAGAGCGUUUCAAUCUUUUAGAUAUCGAUUUAUAUAUUACCUAUCAAUAAGACAACAAUCUAUAUUUUCCUUCUUCGUUUUGUUACUUACUCGAAUACUUACCUACUUUUCAUACGAACUGUGUAUUACUAUAAUAGGAAAAAUUUCUAGCUCGUUAAGAUAAGUUACUCGUAUUUACAGUAGGUAUACUUACAUAAAAUUUACAUAUCACUACCAAUACGGAGAGAUCUUUUGGCUUAAUAUUGUCAAGCUUUUAGUACCAUUUACAUUAAUAAAAUAGGUAUAUCUAUUAGAUAUAUAUUUUUAAAAAUUGUUAUAUAGCAAUACGAUGGGAAAAGGCGCAAUUUUUUUUCUUCUUUUCAAAUUCUGUAAACCCGAAAGGUAGAAAACAAGAACGUCGGGGUUCACCAAUACAACGCAGCAUUCUCAAAAUGUUGCGUAAUUUACCGAAAUUGUUUAUAUAAUAUUUUCUUACCAUUAAUUUAUAAAUGCGGCUAAAUACCUCGAGGUAAUCGAGGGUGUACAAAAAUGCGUCGAUAUGCCUGUAAUUAUACGCUUCGAUAUUUACCUAAAGAAAAAAAUUUGUUUCUAUUUUUUUUUUUUUGAAUUGAAUUUUUAAGUAGAUGAUGAUGAAAAAAAAACCUGAAUGCGACUUAAAAGUCGAUAGUACCUAUUUGUAAUUGCUACAAAGCCAGGUUACAACUUACGAGUAGUUUAAUGCUUUGUAUAAACAUACGAGAAAAAAAUUUUCUCUUUUUCAUUAUUAAUUCAUUACGUAAGAAAGCUAUUAUUUUUCUUUUCAAUUUUUUUUUUGUGAUUUACCUAAUCGUAUUAUGUGAAAUUGUAUAAUUUUAUGGAAUUUUUUUUUGUAGUUUAUAAAGCUGCGCGCGCUUAUAUUCGUUAAAAACAAUGAAAAUGUUUCCUCUACUAAAUGAAAAUAUAUCUGUUUGGCGAA